AUGAAGGAAAUAAAACAAGCAGACGUGAAACUUUUCCUGGAAACGUACUACACAGAUAACAGCCUAAGUGAUGAAUUGAAAGAUGUGUUCGAUUAUGUAGAAAGAAAUAAACACAAGAGUAAUUUUCAUAAAUUAUUUGAAGACUACUUGGAGGAAUAUAAUAAAAAAUUAUUAAAAGAUGAGAGCUUUUUAAAAGAUAAUGUAAUAUACGAUUAUGAAUAUACAAAGCAAUACAACAUUGAAUUAACAGAAAAGGCAGGGAUAAAUUGUAACAAUAAGUAUCACUAUUAUGUGAAGCCUAUCAAUACUAUCGAUAAGAAUUACAAAUUUUUAGGGCUAGAUACAAAUGUCAUAUCUGAGAGCAUAAAUAAAAAAAUAACAUUAUUUUUAGAUCUUUUUUUAAUGUAUUCUAAAAAAUUAAAUUUAAAUAUUGAAAUAAGUCCUAUAUUAAACAUGAAUGAAGACGAAUGUCACAUCUUUGGAAGAAUUUAUACAGAUAAUGAAAUUAAUAUCAGUGAAUCAAACAUAAUUCUAGAAGGAAAUUUAAAUUGGAAUAAUGGAGACAAGGCACAACUAUUAAAUUUAAAUCAAAUAAAAAAUAUAUGUUGUUUUUUGGGGCAAAUUUUAGCUAUAAAAGGAAAAAAAGAAAUAAACCAAUACAGUAUAAAAUAUUACGUAAAUAGUAUAUAUGCUGGGUUACCUACUCAUUUAAACAUAAAAUUAGAAAACAGUGCUUUUUUAUUAAAACAUUUUAACUGUAACGAAAUUGAAGAAGAUAAUAAAUUAGAGGAAGAAAAAAGUGAUCUCAGUAAAAUCCUACAAUUGUACAAUAAUGAUAACAUACACAUAAUGGUGUGUAAUGGAUAUGUAUAUACAGACAAUGAGUAUAACGAUAAUUUAGACAAUUUUUUAAAAAUCGUAAAUGAAAAGUUACCACAUGUUGUUUUAAUUUUCGGACCUUUUCUAUAUAUUCGUAAUUUUAGUGAAACAAUUCAAAAAAUUGGAGAUAUUCAUGUUAUUUAUGAAAAUAUUUUUAAAAAAAUUAUCAAAUUCGCAAAAAAUGAACUAUUAGAAAAAACACAUUUUUUUAUUAUCCCAUCAAUUUAUGAUUCAAUCAAUGUAUAUCCACUCCCACAACCACCAUUUAUUUAUGAAAAUAAUUACACGAACAUGGCAAAUGUACAUUUCGUAUCAAAUCCAUUUUAUAUUUAUAUAAAUGAAUUAAAAAUAGCCUUAACAUCAUGCGAUAUCAUUUACAAUUUGAGUAAAAAUUUAUUAUGUAGACCAAAUGAAAUGAAAAUGUUUUAUUUAUUCGAACAAAUUUUAAGACAGCUUUCUUUCUUCCCAUCUUACCCAUCUGAAUAUAAUAUUGAAAUUACGAAAUUUAAAAAUCUCUUAUUUCAUCCAAAUAAAUUACCAGAUAUAUUUCUAUUCCCAUCAUACACUAAUGAAAAGUCCUAUGUUAAGGAGAUACAUAAAAAAUUAUUCAUUUGCCCUUAUUCCAUUGACGUAAAUAAAGCGCAACCAUGCAAUUUUUUUUCUAAUAUUUAUAUUCAACCCCCAAACGAAUCUCAGGAGUUAUCAAAACGGGUAAUUCUAGAAAAUGUCUUCGUCCGUAACAAUAAAGUAGACCUCAACCAGUGA